UUCUUGAAGAAGAUACAAUUUCAUCUAGCCCAGUUUUCAUUUAUUAUCCUUCUAUAGAUGGCUGAACAAAUCCCAUUCAGCAUUGCAGAAAACUUAUUAACAAAGUUGACCUCAAUUGCUUCUGAAGAAAUUAAUUUGGUGUAUGGCUUCAAAAAUGAUCUCAGGAAGCUUCAAACAACUCUCUCCACCAUCAAAGCAAUACUUAUAGAUGCUGAUGAGAAGCAAGAGGAAAGCCGUGCAGUGAAGGACUGGAUAAGGAGGCUUAAAGAGGUUGUCUACGAUGCAGAUGACUUGUUGGAUGACGUAGCCACUGAAGGUUUGCGAAGAAAGGUUGAAGGUCAGGGAAGAGUGGUUAGGAAGGUAUGCGACUUCUUUUCUUCCUCAAAUCAAAUUGCAUUUCGUUUCAAGAUGAGUCAUAGAAUUAAAGAUGUUAGAGAGAGGCUAGAUGAAGUCGCCAAAGAAAUGUCUGACUUUGGCUUUAUAAUAAGGAAGGAAGUUGGAGUAGAUAUGCGAAUAAAGAAUAGUUGGAGGGAGACAGACUCCUUUGUAUUGAAAUCAGAAAUUGUAGGAAGAGAUAAGGAUAAGGAGGAGAUCAUAAAAUCAUUGAUGUGUCCAGUGAAUCAAAGCAAUAUUUCUGUAGCUGCAAUUGUUGGGUUUGGUGGCUUGGGAAAGACUGCACUUGCCCAGUUAGUGUUUAAUGAUGAGAAAGUGGUGAAUUAUUUUGAUUUGAAGUUAUGGGUAUGUGUUUCUGAGGAGUCAAAUGUUGAAAUGCUAGUUAAACUCAUCCUUAAAAGUGCAACUAGUAAGGAAGUGCCCAACUUAUCUCUGGAACAAUUACAAAUCGAACUUAGACAAUGUUUAGAAGGCAAAAAGUACUUGUUGGUGUUGGAUGAUGUGUGGAAUAUAAACAAUAGGAUUUGGAGUCAAUUGAGGAAAUAUUUGAUGGUUGGUGCCAUAGGAAGUAGAAUUUUAGUAACUACUCGUAGCACACGAGUUGCUUUAGCUAUGGGUGUAGACUGUCCAUAUGCUCUAGCGGGUCUAACAGAAGAUCAAUCAUGGGAUCUAUUUGAGAUGCUAGCAUUUAGAGAGGGAACAAGUAGAGUGAAUUCAAAUCUAAUAGAAAUUGGGAAAGAAAUUGCAAAGAAGUGCAAAGGAGUUCCACUAGCAAUUAGAGCUAUAGGAGGCAUAAUGCAACUAAGAAGUGGUGAAAGUGAAUGGUUGUCUAUCCUAGAAAAUGAGUUGUGGAAGGUCUUUGAGAGUGAUAGUGAUAUUGGUCCAGUGUUGAAAUUGAGUUAUGAUGACUUACCAUAUCAUUUAAAGCAGUGCUUUGCAUACUGCGCAAUGUUUCCUAAAGAUUAUAAGUUUGAUAAGGAGGAUUUAAUUCAAUUAUGGAUGGCACAAGGCUAUAUUCAAUCUCGGAGUCAAAGUAAAGAUGAAAAUUUAGAGGAGAUUGGGGAAGGAUACUUCAGUGAAUUGUUAUUUAGGUCAUUUUUCCAAAAGGAGAAGUACUGUUAUAAAAUGCAUGACCUUAUCAGUGACCUUGCACAGUCAAUGGCAGGAGAUAGUUGUUUUGUACUUGAUGAUAAUACUAAACAUGUUCCUAAUAGAAUCCAACAUGUGUUUUCUGGAAAUUUGUCUUUUGAGGAAUGUUUCAAGCAGCUAAAAAAUAGAGGAUUGAGGACACUGUAUUGUAAGUAUUAUGGUGAUAAGUUAAGCUUGAAUUUAGAUAGUAUCUUUUCAAAUUGUAGGAGCAUACGUGCUUUGAGUUUAAGAUGCAAUAUCAAUAAAUUGCCAGAUUCAAUUGGAAAGUUGAAACACUUGAGGUAUCUUGGAUUGUUUUGGAGUCAUGAAAUCAGUUCACUUCCAAACUCUAUUUGCAAUUUGUAUAAUUUGCAAACUCUAAUACUCGAGGACUGUAAGCGUUUUGAAAAAUUACCAACUGAAAUGAGGAAAUUGAUUUGUCUCAGACAACUUAUUAUUACGGGUUGUGAUAGGCUUGAAUUCAUGCCAUUGGGAUUGGGGAGAUUAACAAAUCUGCAGACUUUAUCAACUUUCAUUGUGGGAACUGAUGAAGGAAGGAGAUCUUCCUCAUUGAAUGAGUUGAAUAGCCUAACCCAGCUUAGAGGUACAAUCUCCAUUACAGGACUUGAAAAUGUGAAAAAUGCUGCAUUGAAGUCCAACCAAGUAAAUCUCAAGGAAAAGAAGCACCUUCACUACUUGAGAUUGGAAUGGGGAGAUAGCGAUGGUGGAAAUAGUGAGUUGCUGUUGGAUAAUCUACACCCUCACCCGAAAUUGAAACGCUUGGAUGUUAAUUGCUAUGGAGGUUUGAGGUUUUCAAAUUGGCUUUCUUCUAUCACAAAUCUUGUCGAUAUUAAUUUAGAUAAAUGUCCAAAAUGUGAGCAUCUGCCACCGUUGAACAAUCUGCCUCAUUUGGAAUCUCUCUAUCUUAAUCAGUUUGAUUCUCUGGAGUACAUAUCAGAUGAAGAUAAUUUAUUUUCUGCUUUAUCUGCAUCAACAACAACAACAUUCUUUCCAUCCCUAAAGAUUCUUAACAUUUACUUUUGCCGUAAUCUGAAAGGGUGGUGGAGAACAUAUAUGGAAGCUAAGAUGGUGCCUCAAUUUCCUUGUCUUUCUUACUUAACAAUAUCACAUUGCCCUAACUUGACUUUAAUGCCAACAUUUCCAUCUCUGGACAUGAGGCUUGAUCUUUCCUAUGUCAGCAUAAGACCAUUGCAGUGGACAUUGCAGAUGGCUGCAAUGGCUUCUGCAUUACCAUCAGCCUCUUCUUCAGUUACUGCUCCUUUUUCCAAAUUAAAGACUUUGAGGUUACAGGGUAUUAAGAAUAUGGAAAUUAGUGAUGAGGAUGAACAUGGGAUAUUUAAAUGGCUAUGUCUUGUUAGUCUACGACGUCUCACUCUUUCUAAUCUAUCAAAUCUGGUGUCUCUACCAAGGGAACUUCAAUAUGUUACCACAUUGCAGCGUCUCUCUAUCAGCAGCUGUUCUAAUUUGAGGGCUUUGCCUGAUUGGAUAGGCAACCUCACAGCACUUGAAAAUCUAAAUAUUGAUGACUGCCCUGAAUUGGAAUCGCUAUCAAGAGGAAUGCGUCAAAUCACCACUUUACAACGAUUGAGUAUUAGAGGUUGCCCCCGUUUGUCUGAAAGAUGCGGACACAAUACUGCUGCAGAUUGGCCCAAUAUUUCUCACAUUCCAAAUGUUCGGAUAGAUGAACGUGAUAUUCAAAAAGAAGGCCGAUAUUUAUUGUAAGAAGAAGGAUCCUCUGCUUUCAUGGGGAAUAGAUGCAAAUGUGAUUUGG